GGUUCUAAAGGGGAAGUUGCGAGAAGAAAGAAACAAGGAGACGCCACAGAAUUGUUGGAAUUAUUUUCGCGGUUUUCCCCCAGCUCCACUUCACCCAGUCCCGUUGGUGGACACCACAGCGGCGGGAGUUUAAGAAGCCGUCAUUAUCUCCGAGCAGGAAAAACUGUCACCGAUGACACAUUUACCAAUGAGUGGAGGCUGGGCACGUUUGAAGGAGUGUCAUCUGUGAUAGAGUAGAAGAAUCAGACAACAGUAGACUCCCUGCAAAGGAGGUUUGGCACACAGGACACCAGGGCAUCUGACUUGGUCAUGGCCAAUCGGGGAGGAGCUACGAGACCCAACGGACCCAACGCGGGAAAUAAGAUCUGUCAGUUCAAGCUGGUGCUGUUGGGCGAGUCAGCUGUUGGAAAGUCCAGCUUAGUGCUCCGCUUCGUAAAGGGCCAGUUCCAUGAAUUUCAGGAAAGCACAAUAGGAGCUGCCUUCCUUACUCAGACAGUGUGUCUAGACGACACAACAGUGAAGUUUGAAAUAUGGGACACUGCAGGCCAGGAGCGUUACCACAGUCUGGCACCCAUGUAUUACAGAGGAGCCCAGGCUGCCAUUGUGGUCUAUGACAUCACAAACGAGGAGUCCUUUGCACGGGCAAAGAACUGGGUGAAGGAGCUUCAGAGACAAGCCAGCCCCAACAUCGUCAUCGCCCUGUCAGGGAACAAGGCUGAUUUAGCCAGCAAGAGAGCAGUCGACUUCCAGGAUGCACAGUCCUACGCCGAUGACAACAGCCUUCUCUUCAUGGAGACGUCGGCCAAGACAUCAAUGAACGUUAACGAGAUAUUCAUGGCAAUUGCAAAGAGGUUGCCAAAGAAUGAGCCCCAAGCUGCAGGAGCCAACAGUGGGCGGAACCGGGGCGUGGACUUGACAGAAGCGGCCCAGCCAGCCAAGGCUCCAUGCUGUAGCCACUAGGGUGAAGAGGCCCCCCACCACCACCCCUUUCCCUUCCUCCCCCCUCCCUCCCCUCCUU